AUCUUGUCUUAAGAUGUUGGAACUUGAGUGACCUUGUCAUUUUUGAUCGGAAGUUGGACGCGUCGUUAUGGCUGACGACAUUUUAGACUUUGAAAGUAAGAAAAAGAAGAAAUCAAAGCCUCUUGUGCAUGAUUUUAAAGAUGAACCCGGUAAUUUGGGGAACCAAGAUAUUCUGGACUUUGGUUCAAAGAAGAAGAAAAAGGACAAACUCUUAAGCUUGGACGACGUGGGUAACAAAGAGGACUCACGUCAGGAACGGGAAUUUCAUAAGAAGGACCCAACAGAAAACGGCGUUAAGCAACUUACUGAAAAACUAACGGAUGAGCUCAAUUUCUCAGAUAAAAAGAAAAAAAAGAAAUUCAGACCGAUUGAAGUAGAUGAAAAUGGGGUUUGCGAGCCAAACAGUACGUCUGAACUUAUCGUCAGGGAUUCAUCGGGAUAUGAUUAUGAAACGCUGUUAACACGAGUUUUCGCUCAGCUUGGUGAUUUGAAUCCUGAACUUGUAUCAGAUCAGAAAAGAAAGCUCGUAAUGGUUCCUCCUCAAAUGGCUCGCGUUGGGACCAAAAAGACUCUUUUUGUAAAUUUUUCAACUAUUUGUCGUUCUUUAAUGAGAGAUCAGUCUCAUCUCACAACAUACAUACUAACUGAAUUGGGUACUCAGGGUUCAGUGGAUGCUAACGGUGCUUUACUUAUUCGUGGACGUUAUACAAGUAAACAUAUGGAACCUGUGCUGAGAAACUACUGUAGAACUUACGUGUUGUGUGGUACCUGCCAGUCUUCUGAAACAGACCUAUGCAAAGACUCGAGACUUCUUUUCCUCCACUGUCGGCGAUGUGGAUCUCGUUUCACCGUAAAAACAGUGACUUCCGGAUUCCAAGCACUGACAGGGAAACGUGCUGCUUUGCGGGCAAAAACACAAUGAUGAUACGUUAACUGUUCCGGGUUUUUUACUUCGUCGACCUAAAGCACAAAUAUCGAAAUAAAACGCUAUUUUAUUUCC